AUGUCUCAACCAUCAAGACCAGCAAUACCAGAACAGGCUUUGGAGUCACAUAUCAUAAAAGCGGCACAGGUUCUAGAAGAAACAUUAGAUGAAGAAAUCAAUCGAUUGGACAAUUUGAACGAAGAUGAUCUGGAAACUAUUCGUCUUCGUCGAUUGAAACAAAUGAAAGAAGAGAAUCAGAAACGCAACGAAUGGCUAGCUGCUGGUCAUGGUUCGUACUCUGAAUUGGCCAAUGAGAAGGAAUUUUUUGCCGCCUGUAAACGGUCCACCUAUGGUCUGGUUUGUCACUUCUAUCGUGAUGCGACAUUUCGUUGCAAAAUUGUGGACAAACAUUUGACCCUCCUGGCUCCGAAACACAUCGAGUGCCGUAUGUGCAAAAUCAACGCAGAAAAAGCACCGUUUCUCACACAAAGACUGAAUGUGUUUGUGAUUCCCACCCUUAUUCUCGUCAAAAAUGAACAGAUUUGUGAUCGGAUUGUUGGCUUUGAUGAUUUGGGUGGUCACGAUGAGUUUUCCACGGCCAUGAUGGAAUGGCGUCUCGCUGUCGGUCAAGUGAUCCGGUAUUCGGGUGAUUUAUCCAACCCACCGGAUACAAUCAAAUCCGGAAUCACGUUGGACAGUAGAAGAAAAGGAAUCAAAACGAUUCGGGAUAAGGGAAUCGGGGAUGAUGAUGAUGAUGAUGACAGUGAUUGA